AUGCCACCACCACCCACACGCUGGCGCGAGGGUUUCAGCGCCCUCCACGCCGUCUAUCAACGACACGUCAAGGGCGUAUCCCAGCCGCCCGUCCUCUGCGCCAAUGCUGCAGCGCUUCUGUCGGCUGCCUAUGUCUUCAUCUACGUAAUCCCCUUCUACCUCUCCUCCGCCACCAGACCUUCCGUCUCCCUCUCGCGCGAUGCUCCCUCGUCCAUCCGCGCCAGAGUCCGCGCCGUGACCUUCUCCACCCUUCUGUGCACCCUCAUCACAGUAGUCCUGCUCCACCGCCAUGAUGUCGCCAUCCCGCAGAUCCUCGCUCUCCUUGGUUUGUGGCCUGUGUCGCCCAUGGACACCAUCCGCACCAUGCUCCUAGUCGUCAUUCUCUUUGCAGGUCCUCUGUUCGAGAAUGGCAUAGUCGACGGUGAUUGGCGAGACUGGAUACAGCUGAAUGGCCUGCACCAGUCAUUGAGCAGUUGGAUCGGAUACAGGAACUUUGUAGUUGGACCCGUCAGCGAAGAGCUAGUUUGGCGUUCCCUUAUCGUGCCCCUCCACGUCCUAGCCCGCUUCUCCGGCAAGCAGAUCGUCUUCCUGACCCCACUCUACUUUGGCAUUGCCCACGUCCACCACCUGUACGAGUUCCGCAUCACCCACGCACAGGUCCCCCUCGCCUUGGCAAUUGCCCGUUCCCUCUUCCAGUUUACAUACACCUCGCUCUUCGGCUUCUUCGCCGCCUUUGUCUUUGUGCGCACCGGCAAUGUCUACUCGUGUGUCUUGGCCCACGCCUUUUGCAAUUGGAUGGGACUGCCGCGCUUCUGGGGUCGCGUUGGUGUCGAGGCUGGUGUGCCCAUUGGUCCCUCAGACGUCGCCAAAAAGGACGACGGUGAUCCAAGGGCCGCACCUGCGUAUCAGGGAAAGGGCAUCGCAUGGACUGUAGCAUACUACCUCAUCCUGGUAGCUGGAGCUGUGGGCUUCUACUACCAGUUAUUCCCGCUGACCGAGAGCAACCAUGCUCUGCCUGUGACACUGACCAGGACGUAA